CGCCAAACAGCGCAGUGCGCCUGAGCGAAAAACAGAGGAAGUGGCGGCUGAAGCAGCUCCGCACCUUUUCCGGUAACACCGACUGAACGACCCGCACCGAGAGAGCGACCGGAGAGAACCGAGCCGGGGCACGCGAGAGGGGGGCUGUUAUAAGAGGGACGGAAGAGAGGGAACUCGGGACGAACGACUGACGAUCUGACGCGCGUCGGAAGGGAAUGAGCGCUAAACCACCGCGACCCGAUACCGGGUUCACUUUAAUAAAGACUAGAGAGACGCGUCACAAAUCCGCACAUAUAUACCGACUUCAGUCUCUGAGUCGUGACGCUUGAUUACAGUGCUGUGUGAGUUUUGAAAGCCAACCAAUAUAUGUGCUUUUCUAAUUGACCAAAAACUCGCUUUCCUCCAGCAACAAACCUUAUAUAUGCACCGCCAAGAAGAUGGGGAAGAUGCUUUCGAAGAUCUUUGGCAACAAGGAGAUGAGGAUAUUGAUGCUUGGACUUGACGCGGCGGGGAAGACCACGAUCCUUUACAAGCUGAAGCUGGGACAGUCGGUCACCACCAUCCCGACGGUGGGCUUCAACGUGGAGACCGUCACGUACAAGAACGUCAAGUUCAACGUGUGGGACGUGGGCGGUCAGGAUAAGAUCCGGCCGCUGUGGCGACACUAUUACACCGGCACCCAAGGCUUGAUCUUCGUGGUGGACUGUGCGGAUCGCGACCGCAUCGACGAGGCUCGACAGGAGCUGCAUCGCAUCAUUAACGACCGCGAGAUGCGCGACGCCAUCAUCUUGAUCUUCGCCAACAAGCAAGACCUCCCGGAUGCCAUGAAGCCGCACGAGAUCCAGGAGAAGCUGGGCUUGACUCGGAUCAGAGAUCGCAACUGGUACGUCCAGCCCUCCUGCGCCUCGGCGGGCGACGGACUCUACGAAGGGCUCACGUGGCUCACGUCCAACUACAAAUCCUAACGCGCCCAACUAGAAGCAAUCAACUUCUGUCUGUAAACUUCUUCGGUUUUACUCUCAUUCUUUGAUUUCGUUGACAUGUAACCCGAUUUUUCUUUCGUACACUCCUGUUGAAUG